AAAAGUGGUAGUGAAAUUAGCUGUCUAUUUAGUUGAGGUGUGCGGUCACUCCGCCCAUAAAUGACCUUGGAUUUGAUGGCAAUAUAUACAUCGUAGAGCGGCUGGUUGACAUGAGAAACGUGGACAUUUUUGGAGCAACAGAAAUUUCUUGGCCUCCAAACUUCCAAGUUUUAUUUGAGCACCACCACCACUAUAUAUAUAGCGUGUAUCUGCUAAUCAAUUAGGUGAUGAAAAUGGAAGGUGAAAGUUUGUUCGAGGUUGAGGAGUUCUCGGCUGGGUAUUACGGUCUCUGUACAGCUGGAGGAAUGCUCAGCGCUGGCAUUACUCAUCUCGCCAUUACUCCUCUCGAUGUCUUGAAGGUUAACAUGCAGGUGGACCCUCUCAAAUACCGAGGCAUUUCAUCAGGGCUUAUAACACUAUGGAGAGAGCAAGGCCAUUCUGCUCUCUGGAGAGGUUGGUCAGGGAAACUAUUCGGAUAUGGAGUUCAAGGAGGAUUUAAAUUUGGUCUUUAUGAAUACUUUAAAAGGUCCUAUUCUGAAUUGUUAGUUGAUCAACGUAGGAGUGUUAUAUUCUUCCUCAGCGGUGCAUCAGCUCAAGUAUUUGCUGAUGUGGCCCUCUGUCCCUUUGAAGCUGUCAAAGUUCAGGUCCAAACUCAGCCUCAUUUUGCCAGGGGAUUAACUGAUGGAUUUCGCAAAUUGUAUGUGAAUGAAGGCAUUUCAGGCUUUUACAAGGGACUCUUUCCACUUUGGGGGCGUAAUCUUCCAUUUUCCAUGAUCAUGUUUUCGACAUUUGAGCACUCAGUAGAUCUGAUGUACCGGAAGGUCAUACAGAGAAGGAAGGAAGAUUGCUCAAGAGCCGAGCAACUCAGUGUGACAUGCUUAUCAGGCUAUGCUGCUGGAUCUGUUGGUGCUGUAAUAUCUAAUCCCGCUGAUAAUAUUGUCUCGUUUCUUUACAACAGAAAGGCUGAGACAGUUAGACAGGCUAUUAAAGAGAUUGGACUUGUUAAUUUGUUUACGAGAAGUCUUCCUGUUCGAAUCACACUUGUGGGCCCUGUUGCGACUCUGCAAUGGUUUCUCUAUGACACAAUUAAAGUGUUAACUGGACUGCUGAGACGUGGAUAUCUCGCUCUCUUUAAGGAGAUUCAAGCCCAUGGCAGCAUAAUCUACACCAAUCCAGCAAUAUGUCUCUUGACUUGUCUCCUCCAGGAUACAACAACCCAACAACAUCGUACAACUCAAGCCAACAAGUGGGGGGCUUACCCGACAUGAGAAGGAUCCUAACUUGCUCAGACAAUAAAUAACGGCUCCCUCAGAAAGAGUCAUAUGAAGUGUGGUGGCCUCAAUCACCUUCCUUGGCUUGUUCAGUUGUCUCCUUGUCAACAGUUAUCUGAUUUCCAUCUGGUUGCGACUUGUAAAUAUGACUUAGAAGAGAAAAUAGAAAAGGAUGACUUUGCAAUUGCCACGCACUGCUUCGGGUCUCAGAUUUCAUUUGUGACCCCCUGUUUGGAUCAUUGUUAUUCAUUGUUUCAUGAUGUAUUGUAUUAUAUUGUACUGUAGGAUAGAUACAAUG